GAUGCAUCUGGCAACAUCGUUUUGUUUACAUUUAGCGGAGGCGGUGCUGGUGGUGUCAGCUGCUCCUACACAGGGUGUGUUUACUGUGGCUUCCUCUACCUCACCUACUUAACUAUAUCAGUUUCUUAAACAAUGAGCGGUAGCAAACAGCGUCCAAGUAUCUUGGACAAAUCCCUGAGUCGGGGCAAGACAGAGGUUAGCCUGACAGCUUAUGCUCUGCUAUUUUCCGAGAUGGUGCAGUACUCCCACAAUCGUGUCACAAGUGUAAAUGAAUUACAUAACAAGUUGUCAGAGUUGGGUCAGCGUGUUGGUGUGAGGAUGGUGGAGCUCCUGUUUGUCAGGGAGCGCAAUUACAAGAGAGAAACAAAACUUCUUAACAUUUUACUUUUUGUGAAAGGAACACUUUGGAAGUCCCUAUUUGGUAAAGAAGCUGACAAACUGGAUCGAGCAACAGAUGAUGAGCGCAUUUACUACUUGAUUGAAAAAGAACCAUUAGUCAAUCGCUUCAUAUCUGUCCCACGAGACAAAAGCUCCAUCAAUUGUGCUGCAUUUAUAGCUGGCAUUAUUGAAUCUGUUCUUAAUGCUACAGGAUUUCCAGCAAAAGUAACAGCAUUGUGGCACAAAGGCACCACGUUUAUGGUCAAGUUUGAUGACACCGUGUUGACCAGGGACAAGCAGUUGGAAGGACGGUGAUUGUGUGAAGCAGUUGAUAGUUUAAGAGCUGGUGGUGUUGCACUUGGUAGACAAGCAGGCCAGUAGGUGGUCUUCACUCUUAACAAAGAGAACAUUAUUAGCAUUCUUUAAAAUUCAACAUUACUGACCUGUACAGUGUUGAUGUUGCAUUUGAAGCUGUUUUCAUGUUUUAUAAAACAUUUUCAUUCAGAUAUACUGUAUGUGUAAUAAUUUAGAUUAGCACAAAAUAGGAUUUUUUUUUUAAUAUAUGCUACAGUCAACAGUGGCAGAGAUAGCAGUGGGACUCAUAAUAAAAGACAAUUGUACUGCUUGAGGAUUAUAGUUAUAAACUGUCUAAAAUUUUCCUUACAAUAUUAAAAAUGGAAUGCAAGAUUUCAAACUCAAAAUCAUCUUGAUGCUUGGACUCAAGUCAUUCAUAUGUACAGAGUAUAUUAUACUCUACCACCACCCUCCCAACCCUAGCCAUCCUUCAGUCCUCCCCCUCCCUACCCAGGCCGGGCCUUCAUCCUCCCUACCCAGGCCGGGCCUCCAUCCUCCCUACCCAGGCCGGGCCUCCAUCCUCCCUACACAGGCCGGGCCUCCAUCCUCCCUACCCAGGCCGGGCCUCCAUCCUCCCUACACAGGCCGGGCCUCCAUCCUCCCUACCCAGGCCGGGCCUCCAUCCUCCCUACACAGGCCGGGCCUCCAUCCUCCCUACCCAGGCCGGGCCUCCAUCCUCCCUACACAGGCCGGGCCUCCAUCCUCCCUACACAGGCCGGGCCUCCAUCCUCCCUACCCAGGCCGGGCCUCCAUCCUCCCUACACAGGCCGGGCCUCCAUCCUCCCUACCCAGGCCGGGCCUCCAUCCUCCCUACCCAACCCGGUAGGGAGGAUUUCAAAUACUUAAAAUCCAUAGACUGGGAGGCCUAUGAAGCAAAAACAGAUUAUACUGGUAGACCUCAUCCUGGAGAAAUUCAUGUAUCAAGGGCCGGUUUAGAUCUUUGGGAAGCGGGGGCCUGGGACACUUCAAAUUUGGGGACCCUUAACACACACAUGAAUUUCUGACAGAUAUAAUAGUGAACAACAAGAGUGCAAGUAGAAAAAACACCUGGAGAUUUCCAAAUAUAUAUAUGUAUCUGGUAUUAUUUAGCCAUGAUAGUAUUACAGAAGAGCUUGACUGUGAAAAAGACUGUGAACAACCAUAAACCACACAUGUUCAAAAGAAAACUAUAUUAGGUUCUGAAGUAGACACUUAUCUGACUUAAUUUUGUCUCAAUUUUACUGACUAAUAAUAACUUUGACUACAUUUUCAGUUUGUACUAUAGGCUAAAGUGAUAUAAAUUACUGGUGAGGUAAGGUGUAAAAUGUUUGUGAUGCCUUUAUUUCUUUGAUUUAUGCAUAUCCCUGCUAAGUUUUUAUUGUUAUACUGUUGUAUAAGAUAUUACUUAUUGUAUUCACACUGAAUAACAGCCGAGCAAAAGAAUAAUAAAGAAGUUUACUU